AUGCUCGUCUCCUGCCUCCUCCCGAUGUUCCUCACGGCCACCCAGGCUUUUCCCUGGGACGGGCAGCCGACUGAGUCGUCCUCCGAGCUGGAGGCGGCCAACGGGGACGAGUUCGUGAUCCUGCGCAGCCGGAAGAACAGCAAUGGGGCCGCCCCAGACCGGAUGGAGCGGUGCGAGUAUCUGCACUUGUUGGGCAUCUACACCCCGGAAUGCGAGGCGAAGGGGUAUUCGCCUCCCACAGAGGCCCCGACGACCACUACAGUACCCCCCCCGCCACCCACCUGCCAACGGAAAUUCUACCAAGACCGCUGCCGCCCACAUCCGCAAUGCGUUCAGGGAGGAAUGAUGUGCCGUGACGUCUCGAACAACCUGUGCUGCAAGCCGGGCCCCGACCAGUGCCCCACCCAGGAGCAGCUCGGCAUCGUUUGCUCGAAGACGGCACGACUGGUGUCCUGGUGCUCAAACGACACUCACUGCACGAAGGGGACAAAGUGCUGCCCCUCAGGCUGUGGAUACAAUAUUUGCAUC